GCACAUGGGUGGGACACUGAAGAAAAAAAAAGUUUCAUCCCGGAGCGUAUAAUACCGCGUGGAGUCCCUGCAGGGGCACACUUUCGGCAGAAUCCUUCGCUCCGACGCUGAAGAUGCUAGCCGUGCUUGUGACGGCCGGGAGUGUGAAUCGAUCAGCAGCGACUCCGCAGUUGAGCGAGAGGGAGAGAUCGUUAGCGCCGUGAUGGUGUAAUAAGCUAGCAGGGGGCCACAGAGGGGAGGGAACAGAGCUGGGCUGGGCUGGCGUGCAGUGAUAGCUGCAUGCAGACGGGCGCGCACGCACACAAAACCUGCACAUGGGCUGCACCACCAGCCUCGGCUGCUGCGCCGAGGAGAAUCUACAGGGAGCACCGGGGCAUCCGUCGGCCAUGAGGACAGAGAAAGAGAGAGGAAGGAAAAAAGCGGCGAAGAAAUGUGACGAUGACGUUAAGGAGAUGAGGAAGCCGGAGGAGGAGGUGCCAGCCCUUGGUGGCCAUAAAUUUCGUGUGCGGACCCUCCGGAGGCCCAAGCCCUGUGGGGUGUGCCGGCAGCUUGUGUCCCAGCAUGCCACCUCCUGCCGCACCUGCAAGUUCACCUGCCACAGAAAAUGUGAAUCCAAGGUCGUGACCCCGUGCACCCCUCCGGUUAACUACCAGUUGCCCGGCGCUUCUGGCCUGCACACCGAGCAUGUGAAGGCUGCCGCGGCGGUUUCGUCGAGCCCCACUCCCGAAGGGUGGAGCAAAAUUCCAUGUAAACCUCAGCACCACUGGGGCGUGGAGUUGAGCAUGGAGGGUGGCCGAGACCUGGAGCUCACCUACAUUACGGAGCGCAUCAUCUCUCUGUGCGCCCCGACGGCCGGAGACUCGCACGCCUACCACCAGCAGAUGCAGGACGUGGCGCGCAUGCUGCACUCCAAGCACGCCAAUGGCUACCUGGUUAUAAAUCUUUCGGAGAGAAGACAUGACAUAGAGAAGUUAAAUGUGCACGUGAGGGAUUUUGGGUGGCCCGACCUCCACGCCCCCCCACUGGACGUGCUGUGCAGCAUCUGCAAGGCCAUGGACUCCUGGCUGAACGCCGACCCGGCCCACGUCGUGGUCAUCCACUGCAAGGGGAACAAGUGCCGCACGGGGGUGGUGGUGGCCUCCUACAUGUACUACAACGGCAUCUGCGCCAGUGCCAGCCAGGCGCUCGACCGGUACGCAAUGAAGAAGUUUUACGACGACAAAGUUGCCAAGCUGUCCCAGCCGUCCCAGAGAAGGUACGUGUCGUACUUCAGCGAGCUGCUCUCGGGCCGAGUGAAGGUGAACAACCUGCCACUCUUCCUGCACCACAUCGUCAUCCACGGGCUGCCCAACUUGGAGGAUGAUGGCGGCUGUCGGCCAUUUCUCAAGAUCUACCAGGCGGCGCAGCCGCUGCACACCUCCGCCGUCUAUAACAUUCCGGACAACUGCAAGAAGCUUUGCAUCACGAUCGAGCCCGGGCUGCCUCUGAAAGGGGACAUCCUGGUGAAGUGCUACCACAGGGGGUGCCAAGCAGCGACACGCGAUGAGAUCUUCCGCGUGCAGUUCCACACGUGCGUUGUGCAGGACUUCCGCCCCCUGGUGCUCGGCAAGGCAGAGCUCGAUGCAGCUUGCACAGAUGAAAAGUUUCCGGAUGACGGGAGAGUGGAAUUCAUUUUUUCCUCGGGACCCGAGAAGCCACCGGGCGGUGAGCGCUAUAUGAAUGCUGCGGACAUUGGCGUGGACUUCGGCACGGCCGACCCUCUCAUCCGCUGCGACUCCUACGAGAACUUCAAUGUGCGCCAGGAGGACAGCCUAGAAGAGGUUCCACACACGGAGGGGCCGGUAGACGGAAGCCUCUACGCUCGCAUCAAGAAGAAAGGUUCCUCCGACAGCGGCACGGUUGUUCCCUCUGUAAACGGGAUCAGUGCGGCGGCCGCCGCCGCCUGCACAGCCCCCGCCGGGGCCAGCGGCUCCAGCAGCGCCAUCAGGCAGGGCCAGCACAACCGCUCCAUGAGCACGGACUCGGGGAACUCCACUGCCUCCACCAAGACGGAGCGCAUCAUGAUGGAGGAGCACCACCACAACUCAACGAACCUUAGCGCAAACGCGGCUACCAUUUUUACGCCGCCCGUGCCGGCUGCCAGCGCCAAUGCUGCCGCCAGCGCCACGGCCACACCAAGCGUGCGAGGCGGCUCGGUGUUGAGCGGCGGGCCGCGGGACGGCUUGGUCCUUCCUCCAGGGAGCCGCCACGUGGUGCCGGUACAGGUCCACAUGAACGGAGACAGGGCCACCCCGGAGAGAGAGACGGACAUCCUGGAUGACGACGUGGACGGUGGUGUGCAGCAGGGAAUUUGUCUGACGCAGCCCACAGCAGACGGUCAAAUAGUUGGGUGUGUGGGAGGGGGCAAUGCUGAUGUGCCACUCUCCUCAAACGACUACACUCACGAUGCGGUUGGCACCUUCACACAACCAGGUGCAGUUACUGAGAAAACAAGUCCACCAGGCAGCGCGCCAAAAGGAAUAAACAGCUUUGGCUAUUCAGCAUCAGGGAUGUAUCCCGGGCAGGGAAAUCCAAUGAAUUACAAACAAGUUGCACUUAGUGAAGAGAUGGAGUGUGAUCAAGAUGACUCUUACCAGCCACCAAGAUCUCCUAACCAACAUCUGCAGACAUCCACCAGUCAGACGUUCUAUGGGCAGCAGAACGGGAGCUUGUACGGCAACCCGGUCACGCUGGGAGCGGCGACGAAAAAUGGUGCCGGGUUUGGGACUCCGCAGAUUCCCGAGAGAAGCAACAGCAGCCGCCACGCGGUGCAGCGUACCGUGAGCAGCUGGCAGAGCCACAGCCGACCGCUCACCCGACAGCAAUCCGACGUCACGUACGACCGGCCCACCGCGGUUUGGCGUGGUGCGGCCGGCUCGGCCUCGGCCUCCCCGCAUGGUGGCCCCGCCCCUGGAUUCCCAGACCUCCGCGCCCAGCAGGACUUUGAGAGGUCGCUGCUGGAGCUCAACAAGCUCAUCCAAGAGCUGGAUCCAACGUUCAAACCGCUGGAGGCUCCCGACCACUUGACGACGAGUCCCAGCGCUAUGGGCGAGCCACAGAUCAGACAGCAGACGACGGUGCAAAGCAAAGCUAUCGUUGGUGAGACAUCGUUUAGGGGUGCACCUGGCCUCUUUCUCUUCCAUCAGAAUGGCAUCAGUCACCAGGUUGUCGCAGGAUACAUGGCCAGCCCCCACGCCCAAGAGGAGGUGUUUGCUCAUCACAGCCAGGCCGCUCUCUACAUGCCCAGGAGCGGAGCUGCCUGCCCCCGUCCGUGGGACCUCGCCAUGCAGCAAGACGGCCCUCCGGGGGCUCACAAUGCGGGCUCCUACCAGGGGCACUUCCGAGCAGCGCGACAGCACAGGGCGCCUCCUCUGGAGUGGCCGAGCAGGGAAGCAUUGCCGCAGGAGAGGCAUGCGGCCUGGGAGGCAGUGUCGGGCAUGGGGGGCCAUGGCUGGGAGGGCCCAGAGGGGCCCCACUCUCCACAGAAGGGACCCAGCUCCAGCACCUCCCCGUCCCCCUGCACGUCCCCCGAGCUGGGGGGCUCCGUCACCCCCACAUCAAUGGCGGUGCUGAUGCAGCCAGGCCACCCACAGUCAGACUGGAUGGACGGCGCAUUGAGGGCUCCACUGCAUUACAGCAGCCCCCAGGAGGCGCUGCCCCCCACACCUGCAUUUCCAGUCUGUCCACCCACGCCCUACAUCAACCAGGGUCGGCUCACCCCGGGCUACUCGAGGGGUCCGUGCAGCCUGGCCGACACAUGGCAGGGCCAGGGCACAGCCAACGAUGCCCUGCGGCAAUCAGCCAGGCAUCAGCCGCUGCCGGGCCCCAGAGGAGGAGACCCGAGUGGGAGAGAGGCGAACCGCCCAGGGCCAGCGUGCGUCCCCUCCAGUGCCAUCCCCGCGCCCCUCAUCUUGCGUCCCCCGCCAGACACCCUAUCCUUGAACUCACAGCCUGGAAGCGUGAGCCCCGGUUCUCCCGGCCACUUGCCCAGCAGCUCCGAACGUGGCGUCAACUCUCCCAACAAUCACGGCCACUCGCUCAGCAUGGCAUACGAACCGCCGGCCCAAAGUUUCAAGUCGGCCUCGUACCAUCACAGCCAACCCACGUACAGUGGCUCUCCGGUCCCUCACGGCAGCUCCUCCGUGGGCGCCAUGCCCACACACGGAGCCUACAGUGGCAGCCGCUCUCCGGGCCACGAAGUUUCACGACAACAGUCCAGUCCACUGCAGCAGCAGCAGCAGCAGCAGCAGCAGCUGCAGCAGCAGCAGCAGCAGCAGCAGCAGCAGCAUCCCAGCAGCCCAGGCUGGGAACAGAGGCAGCAGCACCACCACCCGCUAUUGCUUAUGCUGCCUGAGAGGAGGCAUCUUGCGUGUGGCGGCAGCGGUGGGGAAUGUGGAGGAUUCUCGCCGAGCUGCGGGCUGCCCAACGGGGAGCCCGCGUCGCCUCUGUCGAGCGGGCCGCCCAAUCUGGCCUGCCACUCGCCUCCCCCCGGCCUCCACUCUGCUUCUCCUCCCACGUUCUCCCGCCAUUCCAGCCUGGCGUCGCUGCCCAGUGAUGGCAGCAUAGAAACCAGAGCUCAGGUCAAGUUCGUCCAGGACACCACCAAGUACUGGUACAAAAAGGAGAUUUCCCGAGAUCAAGCCAUCGCUUUGCUGAAGGACAAGGAACCUGGUUCUUUUGUGAUCCGUGACAGCCACUCUUUCCGUGGAGCCUAUGGGCUGGCCAUGAAGGUGUCCUCGCCUCCACCAAACAUCCCUCAGCAAGGGAAGAAAGGCGACGUGUCCAGUGAGCUUGUGCGGCACUACCUGAUCGAGUGCACUUCAAAAGGCGUGCGGUUAAAGGGCUGCCCCAACGAGCCCUACUUCGGGAGCCUGUCGGCCCUGGUGUACCAGCACUCCAUCACGCCGCUCGCCCUGCCGUGCAAGAUCGUCAUUCCUCACGAGGAUCCGUUAGAACAUUCAGAAGUUGACAGCAUUCAAUUACAUCCACUAAACGCGACCCCAGAACUCCUGAAACAAGGCGCUGCCUGUAACGUGCUCUACCUGGGCUCGGUGGAGAUGGAGUCCCUAACUGGACCCCAAGCUGUGGCCAAGGCGGUUGGGCAGGCGCUGGCUGGCAGUGCGCCUCCCUCGCCCACGCAGGUGCACUUCAAAGUGUCCCAGCAAGGGGUCACGCUCACAGACAACCAGCGCAAGCUGUUCUUUAGGAGGCACUACCCUGCCGACACAGUGACGUACUGUGACCAGGACCCACAGAACAGGAAGUGGAAAAAAGACAGUGGGAGUUCAGCAAACAUCUUCGGCUUCGUGGCCAAGAAGCAGGGCAGCGUGACCGACAACCAGUGCCACUUAUUUGCCGAGCUGGAUCCCAAGCAGCCCGCCUCAGCCAUCGUGAGCUUCAUUACCAAGGUCAUGAUGAGCGGUCAAGGCAGCGCUCCAACCUCGCCCGUCCCCUCUCCGUCCCCGUGACCACUACGCUCGCUGGCAGGGAGACGGGCGCUGCGUGGACAUUUGUCGGCGAGUGGGAAAGCCUUGCCUGCCCUCAAGCCAGCAGCAGGAAUUAAGCCAUCGCCCUGGCGAGUUAAUGAAGGAUCCUUCACUGCCUUAUCCACGAUGGAAGCGCCUCCUGUCGUUGUGCAAACCAUAGCCUGAAUCGGCAGUCGUUGUUGCAUUCAUGCAUUUAAAGCACUUGCUUUUUUUCCGUCCAAUAUUAGCGUCGCAGUAAAUUAAAAUCAUGGCGGUUAUAUGGGCCACCUUAGAUGCACUGCAAAGAAAAGAGGUCACCCUUUGGGUUCGGGUUGUGUGUGUUUUUCUCAAUGUAGUUGUGUCAUGAACCUCACCGGGGUGUAGGGAGGAGGGGGGGUUAGAAGAAUGUGAAUCCCCUUGUUGGCGCUGCUAUUUGUUUAGGCGAAUUAGGAAAACAUUUUGUAGCUUGCGCCUGCAAAUUUACCACAGCUGACGGUGCCCUCCCCCCCCCCCCCAUACUUCCUGUGCUUGGAUGCAAAGCCUUACAUUCCACUUUGGCUGUGAAAACGACACAAGUGAGGAACUGCAGAGGCAACCCAGCCUGAGCCAAGGCCACUUGCGAUGAGCUGAGAAAGUCUGAAUCUGCAAACUUGGUAGUAUUAAUUUCAACAUUUUAUUUCAAACUCACAUUUACCGCAUCGUAUGUUAUGUGAAAAUAUAUUUAUAGCCGAUUAAUAUUCCGUUAUUGACAUUCUAUAAAUAUGUGCAGAGAUUAUUGUAGAAAGUGUUUGAUUGUAAAAGUAGGCAUACGGAGUGUGAAUUAUUGUCCAAUUCUCAAGUAAACGGCGAUAGAUGCCUUCAAUUUAUCUGGGACCAAUGGGGAUUUAAUCCGUGAGUUGUCAAGGUAAAAUGCCAUCCAGGUGGGCACGGGCCAGCCAGGGCAUGGCUUUUGUUCUCUCCAGUAGCACUUGGCUAUGGCCAACCAAAGACAGAAUUGUGGUGUUGUACUGGCACAGCAUGUGUGACUCGUAAACAUUGCUUCAAUACGUCCAUUAUUGGCACAGCUGAUCAACGUGUGCCUGAUGUCAUAGUACCGUGAUAAUGACUUCAGCAGAUGUUGACAGUAAUGCAACCCCCAGAGCGAACCCACACGUAAUGUCCGCUCCAUCAGCAACAUUUGACCAGCCCAGAAUGAUAGCGUGACCUCUGUGAGACUCAUACCAAGCCAGUGCCCUCGCUGACCCAAGAUUGCACAAUACAGUGUUUGUGAACCAAUCUCAAGGCUGUAAUGGCGACGACGAAAGAACAGAGGAUGCCUCCGGUUGGAUAACACAGGAUUUGACGACAGAUGUAGCCUUUGGAGGAGAAUAUGGGUUUGUGAAGGAGAGGUUGUGAUGGGCAUUUGUUGGUAGAGCAUGAUUUUGGGGAGAUCUUGCUGAAAGAGAGAGGUUGCAAGUGGCACAUUUUAUUGAGGAAAAGCCAAGAGAGUUUUGUUUUGGCGGGAGGGAGCAGAGAGAGAUGCUUUGUUUCUAUCGUGAAAGUCGUGGAGCGGCACGUGUUGGGUUGCGAAGGCAAGCGAGGGGGGGGGGGGCUUUGUGUGCUAAGUCAAAAAGGGAAGUGGCAAGGAACGUGACAAGGAGCUGGUGCUGUAAAGAGACAGUGAGGGGGCUCCGCUGUAAGUGAUGUUGGUCAAGGGUAUGUGUGAAGUGGCGAAGGAAAGUAGCGCGGGGUGUGACAGAAAGGAAAUGGUGAGGAUAUUGUGUUGCAAAGGGACACGAGUGGACUGGUGCUGUGCACACCAAGGGUCAGAUGGUCUUUGUAAGUUGGUUGAGAGCCGUGUGACAUCUGGAUGAUAUCCUUUGAAAUAAUUUGAUAAGGAAGCAAUAUGAUACAGCAUGGUAUAAGGAAAGUGCUAAAGAUAGAUUUCAUAGCGUGUACUUCUAUGUAUUUAUACCUAUAUUUUAUAAUAAAAAAUAAUAACAUUUUUAUUUGAUUAUAACUAUUUUAAAUGUAGGCCUGCGUUAAUAUCCUGGAUAUUAGUUUUCUUUCCCAAACGAGGUCAUAUUCAUGUUAUGUGACAUCAGACAUCCACGGUCUAUUUAAGGUUGUUGUGUUGCCAGUAUUUCCACAGUGUUAUGGCUGAUUAUCAGCAAAUGCCCUCAUUAUUCCUCCAUUGAAAUCAUGCCACUUAAAUGUUAUAAUUUGGUAUUUAUGACGUUGCUCCAUGUUGUAUAAAUGACAUUUUAAUAUUUGCCGAUGAAGUCUCUUGCUUGUGUAAAUGUGUAAAUGAAGCUAGGAGCAUUACCUAUAUCUUAAUUACAUUAUAUGAAAACAAUGUAUUUUAGUUCACUUUACAGCUAUGCUUGUAACUUACAGAAAUGCAUAUUAAAAUGCUAUACGCUCUUAAAACACGAGCU